UCUCUUCUCAUCAUUCACGUCCAUGACCUUGAAUUCCUUCCAAGUUCCCACUUCUCGUCACCUAUUUCUGCGAGUCUAUACGAUUCUUUCCUACACAAAAGCACUCUCUCACAGUCUCACUCUCUCUCUCUCUCUCAGAAGCUUUUUUGUCGGUAGCCGGUGCUGCCCAGGGCUCCACAUAUCAUUCUUUUCUCGUUACAAUUCCCGUGCUUUUUCCUCCUCCUUUUGUUGCUGGUGAGAAUUUGUACGGCAUUUCCCUUUUUGACGUCUUAAGCGCAUUGAAAUCUAGGUUAUUGUGAACGUCUCAUGAUCAGUUGAAACUGAAGAUCAUAUCGAAGUGGCCUGGUUUUCAUUAUUUGCUUUGGGUUUUAUUAAGUAAGUAUGGGAUCGAGAAGUGAUGAACUAAAGAAGGGUGAAGGCUUAGUUGACUUGAUCUUCUCUUGGUCUCUUGCUGAUGUGCUCCACAAAGAUCUUUACAAGACCAAGGUUAAGCCAAUUCCAGAGACCUUUUCAUCAACCAAGGACUAUAUGGACUCAUUUAUCUACCCCCUCAUUGAAGAGACACACUGUGGUUUGUCAGAAAGCAUAAAGGCUGUGCAUCAUGCCCGUGCGCGAGAAAUAUGGACUGUUAACAUAUCCAAAGACUUUAAACCUCCCAAGGACUUGUACUACAACAUUUCAAUGAAUAGAAACAGUGACGCUUCAAAUUUUCAAGGAAUGUAUGAGCCCGAGUUUGGAGAUCUUAUCGUCUUGACAGAGGUCAGACCGAAAUGUAUUCGUGAUCUUGACAGGCCUAAAAGUCCUUAUCUUGUUGCUGUGGUUCAAAGGGUGGGGGAUUAUGGUUCUGAAAAAAUUGAAAUACUGGCAUCCAAGCCCAUCGUGUCGGGUGAAUAUGGAGAUCGACAAGAGGAUAAGAAUAAGCGAAGUCUUUUUGUUGUUUACCUUGGAAACUUAAUAACUGAGAUACGAAUAUGGGCAGCAUUGAUGUCAGAGCUGGAAGGGGGGAACGUGAACAUCAUUAAGAGAGUGCUGCAACCGGAUUCCACUAUUGGGGAAAAUUGUACCAGUUGCUCGUUCGAAGAGAGUAACCGAGAUGUUGAAUCCGAAGUGCAGAAUGCCACCAGUACCUUUAAGUUGGACGACUCCCAACAGGAUGCUGUGUUAAGUUGUGUUGCUACAGGACGAUGUUGUCACCAAAAUACUGUCAAACUAAUAUGGGGCCCUCCCGGAACUGGGAAAACAAAGACAGUGGCUUCAUUACUAUUUGUUCUGCUGAAGAUAAAAUGCAGAACACUGACAUGUGCCCCAACCAAUAUUGCAGUUUUUGGUGUUGCUUCACGACUUAUGAGUUUGGUGAGUCAUGCACUUGAGUAUGAUACUUACGGGUUGGGAGAUAUAGUUUUAUUUGGCAUUGGAGAAAGAAUGCAGAAUGAUGGUGUACUUCUUGAUUCAGAAAUGAAUACUGAUGAUCAUGAAGACAUUUGGGAUGUACUUCUUGAUUGCCGGGUUUAUGAUCUUUCUCGUUGUCUUUCUCCAUUGUCUGGGUGGAAACAUAAUGUGCAGUCUAUGAUAUGUUUACUCGAAGACCCUGAAGAGAUGUACCGUUUGUAUUUGGAACAAGAAAAAAAGAAGAAUGAGGACGAUGAUAAGGGAGAAGAGGAGGAGGAGGAGUCAAGUUUUGAAAAUCAGACAGUAAAUAGCAACGAAGACGAAGAGGAAGUUAUCGGUGAAGACUUAAAUGAUGGGGAUAAGAAGAAGAUGGAGGAGGAAGAGGAGCCUUCAAAGAGAGAAGAGAAAUUGAAGUUUGAUAGUAAAAGAGAAGAGAAGGAAAACUCGACUCUAAGUAACAAAGAAAAAGAAGAAAAGGAUGAAGGUCCAUUGACAUUUGAGGAGUUUUUCAUCAAGAGAUUUAAACUUAUCUCAAAAAAGCUCAUCUUUUGUAUCAAAAAAUUGUACACACAUAUGCCAACUUCUUUCAUUCCAUUGGAAGAGGUAAAGAAGAUGAUGAAAGUUCUUGAUUUGCUAAAAUCCAUUGGAGCUAUGUCAAUGUGUAACCAUGCUGAUGCAAAUGAGGGUUUGAAAGAAGUCUCGAACAGAGUUGACGAGUUUGGGAACACGAUGUCUUCCAAUAGAGAGUGUGUUCAAGUACUUAGAUUCCUUUCUGAAACAUUAAAUCUUCCAAGUUUCACUGAACACCAUGAAAUUCGGAGUUUUUGCUUGCAAAACGCGUGGUUGAUAUUUUGCACUGCUUCAAGCUCGGCUACAUUGCAUACAGAAGGGAUGGGACCACUGGAACUGUUGGUUAUUGACGAUGCUGCUCAGCUCAAAGAAUGUGAAUCCACUAUUCCUUUGCAACUCUCUGGUCUCCGUCAUGCUAUACUCAUUGGGGAUGAACAGCAACUACCUGAAAAAGUUCAUUACAAGAUAUGCCAGCCGGCUGAAUUUGAAAGAAGCUUAUUUGAGAGGCUGGUAAUAUUAGGACACAAGAAGCAUCUUCUUAACGUCCAGUACAGAAUGCAUCCAUCAAUAAGCUUGUUUCCAAAUAGGGCGUUCUACGAAAGUAGGAUUUUGGAUGGUCCGAAUGUCAAAGAACGAGCCUACGAGAGGCGUCUUCUUCGAGGAAGUAUGUAUGGGUCCUAUUCUUUCAUUAACGUAAGCCAGGGUAAGGAGGAGUGUGAUGAAAGUUAUAGCAUGAAAAACAUGGUGGAGGUGGCUGUGGUUUCCGAGAUUGUUGCAAGCCUCUCUAAAGAAUGUGUGGCAGCAAAACAGAAGCUGAGGGUUGGGUGCUUGUCGCCAUAUCAAGCUCAAGUAAGUGCUCUCCGGAAUAGACUAGGGGAAACAUACAAUACAGAUUCAUACCCUGACUUCACGGUAGACAUCCAAUCGGUUGAUGAGUUUAAAGGUGGUGAGGAGGAUCUCAUAAUUAUCUCUACUGUGCGAUAUAAUGCGCAAGGAUCUGUUGGAUUUCUUUCCAAUCGUCAAAGAACAAAUGUGGCUCUCACUCGCGCAAGGCAUUGCCUUUGGAUACUGGGCAAUGGUGCUACUUUGAUUACCAGCGGCUCUGUUUGGAAGGAACUUGUCGUCGAUGCCAAGGCUCGGGGUUGCUUUUAUGAUGCUAAUGAUGACAAGAACUUGGCUCAAGCUAUUGCAGGUGCCUUAGCUGAGCUUAACGAACUUGAUGCGUUACGCACUGAUUCACAGAGGUAUCCUAAUACUAGAUGGAAGCCGCAAAAUCCAUGUCAGAUGCGUUAUUCUGAGUCAGACAACCGUGAUUGGCGUAGUCGGUCUGUUCCAUUUCCUACAUCUAGAGACGAGCGACCCUGGGAAACCAUUCGAGAGAAAAGAGAGCCGGGUUGCCUGUUUAAUCGCCAAGACCAACUCAACUCGCAGUUUGCAAGGGCACAAAUAUCUUUUAACCAAGGGGUCAGUGCUGCUGCUGCUCUAAUGAAGGCUGAGGUGCCAUGGUCAACUCGAGAGGGGACUCUGUCUGAGAAGGAGCAUGUCUUGAAGACAGUGGAAGGGAUUCUGAAUGAGCUGACCCCAGAGAAUUUUGAUCUUCUCAAGGGUCAGUUAAUUGAUUCUGGGAUCAGAACUGCUGAUAUUCUGCAGGAGGUUACCUCCUUGAUUUAUGAUAAGGCCGUACUGGAUCCAACGGUUUGUCCCUUGUAUGCCCAGCUGUGUUCGCAUCUUGGUGAAAGGCUCCCAUCUUUCCCAUCUGAUGAACUUGGUUUGAAAAUCACGUUUAAGAGACUCCUUUUGAAUAAUUGCCAACAGGCAUUUGAAGGCAUUGAUAAAAUUAGGAAAGAAUUAACACAGAUAACUGCUUCUGAGCAAGAGUUGGAACGUAGAGAUAACGAUAGAAUGAUUAAGAUUCGCACUCUUGGAAAUAUCUGCCUAAUUGGGGAGCUUUGGAAGCAAAAGAUGUUGACAGAUAGGAUUGUUCAUGAAAUAAUUCAGAAGCUUUUGGGGCAUGAUACUAAGACCUGUCCUGAGGAGGAAAAUGUAGAGGUCGUAUGUCAGUUGUUCAACACUAUCGGUAAAAAACUUGAUGAGACCCCUGCGUUGCGGCAUUACAUUGACAUCUACUUUAGCCGAUUGAAAGAACUGUCAGAAAAUCCCCAGCUGGCUCCACAAGUAAGGUCCAUGGUUCGUGAUGUUAUUGAUCUCCGUGCAAGUAAUUGGAUUCCCAGGCACGAAGAGGAUUUGGAUCGCAAACUCGCUCUGAAUCUCCCUCCCUCUUCUUAUGAUUCCCUGCCUUGUGAAAAGGCAAAUUCAUGGCCUCGCUAUGAAGGAAAGGGAAAGGGAAGCCUUGUUCAUGACGAGUGUUCGGCUAUCAGUUGUGGGCUCAGUAGGGAGAAGUCGGGUGCUUCAGUUAAUAGCUAUCGGGAACAAGUAGUUGAUUUCAUACGUUGUAUGAAAAAGGAUUCUGAAAUGUGGCUGCCGAUUAAAAGAACUCUGCAGCGUUAUCCUCACUUGGAUUUGAUCAAUGAGUGCAAUGAAAUUGUCGACCAAGAAAUUGGAAGGGAAACAUCACGGCUCGAAAAAGAAAUGGAGGAGGAUUUGUGAAGUCCUAUGCGGGCAGAUGAUCCCUAUGAAAUGAAUGAGAGUGAUACGUGUGGAUGAAGCUCGUCCUCUUCGAAUAAGAGAGAGUGGUACUUUUGGCAUUAUGUUGUAAUUGUUGGUAACGUAUAUUGAUGCUCUACUAAUCCUGCCUGUAGCCUAUGUGUUGUUAAUAUGCUGUUCUUCGAACUUGUUAGGUUUAAAUAUGCAGUUACUUUGGAUAUUUUGGUGAUGUACUCUAUUUUUAAAUCCAUUUAAAUGAUUUGGCCUUGCACAUGGGUUUGCAAAA